AUGGUGGAUAUUAUUUUCAGCUCUUCUUUCUUGGGUGAUAUGGGGGAUCAUUCCAAAAAGAAGCCAGGAUACGCGAUGUGUGUAGGAUGUGGAAGUCAGAUCCAUGACCAGUACAUACUGAGAGUCUCUCCCGACCUGGAGUGGCAUGCAGCCUGCCUGAAGUGUGCAGAAUGCAGCCAGUACCUGGAUGAGACCUGCACUUGUUUCGUCCGGGACGGCAAAACCUAUUGCAAAAGAGAUUAUGUAAGGCUGUUUGGAAUUAAAUGCGCAAAAUGUAACCUGGGAUUCAGCAGCAGCGAUUUGGUGAUGAGAGCCCGGGAUAACGUGUACCACAUUGAGUGCUUUCGGUGCUCGGUGUGCAGCAGGCAGCUGCUGCCGGGAGACGAGUUCUCUCUGCGGGAAGACGAGCUGCUGUGCCGGGCGGACCACAGCCUGCUGCUGGAAAGAAACUCCGCAGGAAGCCCCAUCAGCCCCGGACACAUCCACUCCAACAGACCGCUGCACCUGGCUGCAGACCCGGUAACGGUGCGGCAGGCCCCGCAUCGGAACCACGUCCACAAGCAGUCCGAGAAGACGACGCGGGUCAGGACGGUGCUGAAUGAGAAACAGCUCCACACGUUGCGGACCUGCUAUAACGCCAACCCGAGGCCCGACGCGCUGAUGAAGGAGCAGUUGGUGGAAAUGACCGGCCUGAGCCCCAGGGUGAUCCGGGUUUGGUUCCAGAACAAGCGCUGCAAAGACAAAAAGAAAUCCAUCCUCAUAAAACAGCUCCAGCAGCAACAACACAGUGAUAAGACUAACCUGCAGGGCCUCACAGGGACGCCUCUUGUGGCUGGGAGUCCUAUCCGGCAUGAGAGCACAGUGCAGGGAAACCCAGUGGAGGUUCAGACCUACCAGCCUCCAUGGAAGGCCCUGAGUGAGUUUGCCCUGCAGAGCGACCUGGACCAACCAGCCUUCCAACAACUGGUGUCUUUCUCUGAAUCGGGCUCUCUCGGGAACUCCUCGGGCAGCGACGUGACUUCUUUGUCCUCUCAGUUACCGGACACCCCCAACAGUAUGGUACCCAGCCCGGUGGAGACGUGA